AUGUGCGUGUCGGGCACACGCUGCGCGACCCACACCGCGGACGCCCCCGUGUCGUCCGGCAAGAUGUGGAACACCCACCCUUCCUUCUUCUUGUACGGCGGCGCUCACGGUUUGGCGUACUUGCUGGACCCGCGAUUGAUCGGAGAAGGAUUGCCGUGGGGCAACCGGUUAAGCCUGGAGGACAUCCUGUUCAAGUUUCCCGUUGACGAAGUGCCCCGCGAGUCAUGGGAUGAAACCCGAGCACAAACCUUUGCCGUGCAGAGGACGUCGAGUGCCGCAUCAGAGCGGAGCUUCUCGACCAUUGGCUUCCUACAUUCGAAGCUCCGGAGCCGCCUGAACCCGAAGGACGUCGACAAGCUGACUUUUAUCAAAAGUAACUUGCCAGCGUUCUACGACUACGCCCUGCACGAUGUGGCCGAAGAUGAUCCAUCGGGCAGCGAAGAGUAG